GACCUGCCCCCUGCUGGGUGGGGAUGGGGUGGGCGAAGCCAGAUGGCCGUCACUCUGCACAAGCCACCAGAGCUGCCUUCUCAUCCUUCCAGCCUUAGACCCGGGGACCUGCAAGCCCUGCAUCCAGUUACUAGUCAUGGAGAGGGUCGGCUCAGGCCACCAGCCCCUUAGGUGAGGACUCUGCCUGGGGCUCUGUUGACGAUUCCGAAUCAUGGAGACGAAGAGAACUCCUCUGGCCAGGAGCCAUUCUUGUUGAAAGUCGUGAGCCAGCUCGACUGGCUCUUCCUGCGGGCUAUCUUCAGGAGAGGUGCCAGCCCCCACUGACCCAGAGCUAGGGAGUUGCAGCCUCCACGGAUGGGGAGGUGGGCCCUGGAAGUGGCCUUUGUGUGGAAGGCGGUGUUGACUCUGGGGCUGGUCCUUCUCUACUACUGCUUCUCCAUCGGCAUCACCUUCUACAACAAAUGGCUGACGAAGAGCUUCCACUUCCCCCUGUUCAUGACGAUGCUGCACCUGGCCGUGAUCUUCCUGUUCUCUGCCCUGUCCAGGGCCCUGGUUCAGUGCUCCAGCCACAGGGCCCGCGUGGUGCUGAGCUGGACCGACUACCUCAGAAGAGUGGCUCCGACAGCACUGGCAACGGCGCUUGACGUGGGCUUGUCCAACUGGAGCUUCCUCUACAUCACCGUCUCACUGUGAGUACCCGCCCCACCCCGCCGCCCCCCUGCAGGCUCAAGCUGUCUGUCCAGCCGGCUGUCUGUGCACCCGGCCGAUGGGCCAGCUGCUACACCACUCUCUGGGACCAGCCCUUGCUCUCUCAGCUCCUGCCUGGCACCCGGCAGCUCCCCAGGAAGUCGCCAGCCUCUUGCGUACACAAUGACCAAAUCCUCAGCUGUCCUCUUCAUCUUGAUCUUCUCUCUGAUCUUCAAGCUGGAGAAACUGCGUGCAGCACUGGUCCUGGUGGUCCUCCUCAUCGCCGGCGGCCUCUUCAUGUUCACCUACAAGUCCACGCAGUUCAAUGUGGAGGGCUUUGCCUUGGUGCUGGGGGCCUCGUUCAUCGGUGGCAUUCGCUGGACCCUCACCCAGAUUCUCCUGCAGAAGGCGGAACUAGGGCUUCAGAACCCCAUUGACACCAUGUUCCACCUGCAGCCACUCAUGUUUCUGGGGCUCUUCCCUCUCUUUGCCAUAUUUGAAGGUCUCCAUUUGUCCACAUCUGAGAAAAUCUUCCGUUUCCAGGACACAGGGCUGCUCCUGCGGGUACUUGGGAGCCUCUUCCUUGGCGGGAUUCUCGCCUUUGGUUUGGGCUUCUCUGAGUUCCUCCUGGUCUCCAGAACUUCCAGCCUCACUCUCUCCAUUGCUGGCAUUUUUAAGGAAGUCUGCACUUUGCUGUUGGCGGCUCAUCUGCUGGGUGAUCAGAUCAGCCUCCUGAACUGGCUGGGCUUCGCCCUCUGCGUCUCGGGAAUCUCCCUGCACGUGGCCCUCAAAGCCCUGCACUCCAAAGGUGAUGGCAGCCCUAAACCCUUGAAGGGGCAGGGCUCCAACCCUGACCGGGAGCUGCUGCUCUGGAGCAGCCAGCAGGGGGAAGAUGACUAUGAGGAGGAGGAGGACUGCUUAGUGGCCCAGGGGCAGCAGUGACCAGCCAGGGGACCCGCUUGGAAGCAGGCCGCUCCACGGCCCUCACACUUGACGGUGGUUUGGGGACCCGUGUGGCUCCUCACAGCAGCCGGGGAAGCGGUGACUGGAACCUCGCAGGCUGGGCCUUGGAUCGCACACGACCACGUGGUGGGGCUAGGUCAGGGAGCUGGUCAGACAGCAUGCUGGGCACCAGCCACCCUGGGGCCUGGCCGGACUGGGUCCAAGCCGUGCUGCAGUCACAGCAGAAGGGAGGGGCUGUUCUCAGCUGCCCGCCAGGCUCUGAUAGCCGAGAGUAUGAUUUCAGAGGCAUAACAGGUUUCUGAGGGGCCUGGGUUUGGUCUGUGGAGCGGUUGGAAAGGGGAUGGAGAGGCCGGGGCCUCAUCACCUGGAGAGCAGCUUUUCUCAGCAGAUCUAUUUAUAGUUUGGAAAUAAAAGGGUUUAUGGUCCACUG